CAGGCUGGCCACGCACGCUGGUGGGAGCAGGAAAUUGCCGUAAACGGGAAGAUCCAGAAGGGAGAAUUAAUGACCUACAACUUGACAGAACUGAUCAAACCAGAGGCUUAUGAAGUCCGGCUGACACCGGUCACCAUAUUUGGAGACGGCGACUCCACCAUCCGUGUGAUAAAAUACAGUGCCCCGAUGAACCCUCACCUACGAGAAUUCCACUGCAGCUUUGAAGAUAGCAACAUUUGUUUAUUUACGCAAGAUGCGCAGGACAACUUCGACUGGACGAGACAAAACAUUAUCCUCAGAGACACCAAGUACACCCCAAAUACGGGGCCCACUGCCGACAGGUCUGGCUCAAAGGAAGGAUUCUACAUGUACAUUGAAGCCUCCAGCCCCAGGAAGGAAGGAGACAAAGCCAGACUUAUUAGCCCAAUUUUUAGCAUCCCUCCCAAAAACCCCUACGGGUGA